CCAUUGUUUUUUGUCAAUUGGGCUUUGAACAAAUUAUACACAGUUUUGGAAUAUUCCAAUUUACGGGAGUUUUCUUCCUCCGUGUGAAGCUCAUCGCAUAGCGCAAAAACUUCACUACAACCUACAAAUGCGUAUACAUUGCCACCGUUUGGAUCUUCGUUACCAGCGUAUGGAAGAUGGCUAAGAGGCUGAAAGCGAGAACUGGUGGUGGGAAACUGGCCAAUGCUCUUCUGAGACAUCAAGAGAUGGAGAAGAAAGUGAAGAAGAGCAAGCCGACCCAUAAUGGCCAUCAGAUGGAACAGAAGAGAGAGAGCAAACAGAUUCGCAAGAAUAGAGAGAUCCAGAAGAGUCAGCAGAAGUCGUUUGUUCCCUUUGAGAAAGACGACUACGUGCUGCUGGUUGGUGAAGGCGAUAUGUCGUUUGCCUUAAGCAUCUUGAACCAAGGCUAUGUGAAGCCAACGAGGUUGAUCGUUACCAGUUAUGAUAACUCUCCGAGCGAGUUGAAAUUGAAGUAUCCACACACAUUUGAACAAAACUAUGAACAGCUCACUCAGGUGCACAAGGCAAAGGUUUUCUUCAAGGUAGAUGCUACCAAGCUGUUAUCCUCGUUGAAAUUGACCCCGAAGACCCUGUUCAAGGUCUUUGGCAUCCCAAAAUUAGAUGCUAUAAUGUUCAACUUCCCUCAUACUGGCCGUGGCAUUAAAGACCAGGAUAGAAAUAUAAGAGAUCACCAGAUGCUGGUGUUGGGGUAUAUGAAAUCCUCCACUGAAUUGUUUGAUCUGUUCAACCGUGUCUCACCAACGCUGAACACCACGGGGCUCAACGUUGUUUCAUCAUCCACUGAGUCACAAGUGCGUAUAGUUUUAACUGUAUUUGAAGGUGAGCCAUACGAUUCCUGGAAUAUCAAAUCAUUAUCAAAGACCUUGGGCUUGAAAGUGGCAAGAUCUGGUGAAUUCCAAAGAACAAACUCUGAACAAGACACUACAAAGAAAGCACAUGAGAGGAAAGCACGUAUAUACAUCUUUGAGAAGUUCGUCAAAGGUGUAGACUCUGCAAAGAAGAAAAGACGUCACGACGAGUCCGAACCUGAUAGUGAUUGA